GAAGAUCGCUAGUUAAUGCAGUUAUUUUUCAUUGUUUUUCGGUUUGACUCCCGUCCUCAUUGUCUUCUUCCCUCUCUGGUCUCCGGUUUAAAGCGGCAAAGUGAUAUGUAUCUAAAUAUGAAAGUUUGGAUGCGAGAUAUGUUAAUACAUAAGAAUUGUAUGCUAGUUAUCUUCCAUUGAUGGAUUACAGCUUCAGUGAAAUUAUUGAAUUUUGUGAAUCCGAGAAAGUUGUUUAUGAGGGCAACUUCUACUUGCAACUAAAGUCAGAAGAGCUUAAAGUAAAAGUCUCGGAGAACAUUUACAGAUGCCCUUUUUGUCGGAAAAAGAAGACACAAAAUUAUAAAUAUAAGGAUCUUGUUCAGCAUGCUACAUCUAUUGCUGCUACUAACUUGAACGCAAAGGUGAGGGCAAGCCACCAAGCCAUAGUAAAAUUCCUGAAGAAUGAUUUCGGUGAUCCUUCAAGUCCAUCACAACUUAUCUAUACCAAAAGCAAGCAUCCUAAAGCUAAACAGGAUUUGCGCUUUGUCUGGCCCUGGAUGGGUAUCGUUGUAAAUGUUCCAAUGGAAUUCAAAAAUGGAAUUUAUGUUGGUGAAGUUGAAAAUAGGCUUAAGGAGCUUCUCUCUAAAUUCAAUCUUCUAAAAGUUCACUAUUUAUGGAAUUUCAAUGGCCAUACGGGAAAUAUUAUUGUGCACUUCAACAAAGACUGGAGUGGAUAUAGGGAUGCAAUGGAUUUUGAGAACUACUUUUAUGUCGAUAAGUUUGGUAUGACAAAUUGGGUUGAAAAAAGGAAUACUGCUUUAGGAAUAUAUGGAUGGGUGGCUCGGGCUGAUGACUAUUAUUCAGGUGGCCCUAUUGGGGAACAUCUGCAAAAAAAUGGAGAGUUGAAAACUGUUGAUGAAAUAACUAAUAUAGAAUCUGUCAAGGCGUGCAAACUAUUUCAAGAUUUGGAAACUCUGAUUGAAAUCAAAAGGAAACACAUUGAGGAACUUCAGUGCAAAUACAGUGAGACAAAAUUUUUGCUCAAUAAGAUGAUGGAAGAAAAAGACAAACUACGUGAAUCCUAUAAUAAUGAAAUUCGAAGAAUGCAGCAACUCACCCAAGAUCAUUCUCAUAGAAUUUUUGAUGAGAAUGAGAAGAUAAGGAUUGAGCUGGAUUCUAAAAGAAGAGAACUGACAUUCAGAUCAGGGCAGCUGGAUAAUUUGGUAGCUCAAUGUGAGUGUGACAUAAGGAAACUUGAAGAUGAAACUAAGAAGAAUACUAUGAAAAAUAGUUUACUCGAGUUGGCUUCCUUGGAGCAGAAGAAGGCCAACGAAGAUUUUCUCAGAGUCGUUGAAGAACAGAAGAAAGAGAAGGAGGCUACCAUUAAGAAGAUACUUAAUUUAGAAAGGCAACUACAUGAGAAGCAAAAGCUUGAGCUAGAAAUACAGCAGCAGAAAGGCAGUCUAGAAGUAAUGAAUUUACUGGUAGGGGAAGAAGUUUAUAAGAAAAUAGACAAGCUCAGUGAAGAACUCAGAGAGAAAAAUGAAGAAUUGGAAGAUCUUGAUGCGCUAAAUCAAGCUUUGGUUGUUAAAGAAAGAAAGAGCAAUGAUGAACUGCAAGAAGCUAGAAAAGAGUUAAUAGCUGGUGUUUCAGAGUUGCUCAACAAUCGCACAAUGAUUGGAAUCAAAAGGAUGGGUGAACUUGAUGAAAGGAUAUUUCAUGCUGCUUGUAUAAAAAAAUAUCGUAGAGAAGUGGCAGAUGUAAAAGCUGCAGAAUUUUGCUCAAAGUGGCAAGCUGAAUUGAAAAUUCCAGAGUGGCAUCCUUUUAGAAUUUCCACUCUAGAUGGAAAGCUUAAGGAGAUCAUAGAGGAGAAUGAUGAGAAGUUGGUCGCUUUAAGGUGCGAACUGGGUGACGAGGUUUAUGGGGCUGUGGCAUUAGCCUUAUUGGAGAUUAAUGAGUAUAAUCCAAGUGGUAGAUAUGUCACCAGUGAACUCUGGAGCUAUAGGGAGGGACGGAGAGCAACUCUCAAAGAGGCUAUUUCGUAUGUGAUGAAGCAGUUGAUGACGCUGAAGCGGAAAAGAUGUGCAUUUUAAGUCAUUGAGAUUCAACUUAUUUUGUAAUCUUGAUAGGUAAGAAACAAUUUCUGCAAGCAUGUUCUAGAUUUAUUUUUGGAAAAAUUUACAUGUAUAUCAUACAAAUAUUAUGUAUUAUAUAUCAACUUCUAAAGUUUUAUAUUUG